AUGUUAAAAGCCUUCUUCGACGCGUUAUUUUGCGUAACAUUACCGAAAUUAAUUGGUUCCCAUGUAAUACAAGUGAAUUUUGUGACGAUAUUAUCAACGGACGACGAUACCACUGCAGUUGGCCAUGGAAAGCCUAAUGUAUUUGAGUGGAUAAGUGAUAUAUUAAAAGAAUUGUUAGAUCUAAAACUUAAUGGUAUUGUAGUCAAUAUACCAGAUAGUAGUGGACACGUUUCACCAAUUCAUUUUGAAAUUAUUUUUUUGGGUAUCGUGGGUGAUUUACCCGCUUUAGCAAUGAUGUUAAAUUUUAAAGGACACAAUGGCUAUUAUGCUUGUUUUUUCUGUUUGACACGUGGGGUAUAUGAUACUAAAGUGUUAUAUCCAUUUACUCGUCCAUUAGUGGAGCGUUCUUCUGAUGAUUUCAAACGUUUUGCAUUAGAGGGUAGUCCGCAAAAUGAUUGUUUCGGCCAUUAUGGGAUGUCUGUUAUAUCGGAAUUAUACGACCACGAUCUACCCUCUGCAAUUAUGAUAGACUAUUUACAUACGUCGUUAUUAAGACAGACAAAGACUAUCAUCACACAUUUACGAGAGCUGUUAUCAAUAAGUGAAAUAGAACGAUUAGAUACACUGUUAAAACAUCAAUCGUUUCCCCAUACUUUUAACCGUAGACUACCAUCAUUUCUAAAUUUAGCGUAUGUGAAAGGAAGUGAAUUAAGAAAUUUGUUGCUGUAUGCUAUGAUACCAAGAUUAAUUGAUUUUUUUGACAUAGAACUUGUCUCAUUUUUGUGUCUUUUCGUUUGUGGUGUUCGACUACUUCACGGAUCGCCCGUUGUAGCCGUCGAUCGAUGUAUUCGACAACAACUAUCAUCACAGCUCUUCGACGACUAUCAAAGAAAUGUAUCGCAAUAUUUUAAUAAAAUUCAUACACUGACCUGUCAUUUACAUGAUCAUUAUCCAAAAAUUUACGAAGACUUUGGCAGUUUGUCAUCGACAAGCACCUUUCCGUUCGAAGAUUUCAUUGGUUAUCUUGGCGACGGCCAUUAUGGCUCUCGCAACAUAGCGGAGCAGCUUAUUUUUUACUACUCAAUCGAUUUUUUCGUAAAUAAUGCCGUUGACGAUCGACAAGACAGUUUUAUAGAUCCUGACUCAUAUGAAAUGAUUGACAUUGUUAAUGUGGAUAAACAUGACAAGCGUAUUAUACUCCAUCAUGAUUCUGUAUUAAUUAUACCUUACAUUAUGGCUACUGGUGGUACUGAACGUUCUAGACGGGCUGCUAAGCCACCCGCUAUUUACACGCCGGAUGAUUCUUUUUUAUGUGUUAUGGAUGCGCAAAAUCCGACUGAUUACACAUGUAUACAUAACAGUAUUAUUGCAAAAUCAAGUGGAAAACGAGUUCUGGUGAAAGAUGGGAAUACAAUGUCCGAAAAGAUCAUUAUAGCUAGAGGUAUUAUGUCGGUUAUUUCAAGGGAACUCCCCAAUUACCGCCUCGCUGUUGACCUAGAACAUACAUUUGCAUAG